UUAUACCACAGAAUAGAUUAAACCAGAAGUGACACUCUUAGUUUUUGCUGAUAACAAGCUUAUGUCGCUCAGUGUUGCCACUUAAGAAAAAAAAUGUAUUCCCUUUUUUCUUUACAUACGGUCACAUUGUUCAACACCAUUAUUAAUGGUUUGUUUGUAAACACAAUGUUUAUAAACAUGGUUUAUUGGUAAACAAACCGCCUACACAUGUCAUAAAUCUGUAGCGACGCACUGAUCAUUCGUGAAUUGUGGUUUGUCUGCGCUUCAUGUGUGUUGUGUUCCGUUCACCGUUGUUGUGAGUUUUGCUAUUAUAUUUUGACUAGUGAUUAUCACUUGCUGUAGUUUUAAUUUUUCAAUUGCAAUGGACUACUUUUUAACUGCAAAACGAAAAAUACUUAAAUGUUCAAUAAAAAACUGCAAAAGUUUAGAAGUAGAUCCGGCAUUAGUAAGUCAUUUUUCUUUUCCUAAGGAUCCUUCUAGGUGUGAAGUUUGGAUUGACAAAUAUGGAUUGUCCCAUCUCAAAGGAAUUGAUGCAGCAGUUUUGAACAAAAAUUAUCGGUUGUGUUCAUUGCAUUUUGAAAACUGUAUGUUUCGAAAUGAAAAACAGAACCGUCUUAGACCUGAUGCUAUUCCAACGUUAUUUGAAGAUGCACUAUUAAACAAAGAGGAACAGGCUGUUGAAACUAUUGCUGAUAAUGAUAAUGAAACAGUGGAGUGCUUGCCAUCAUGUUCAACACCUGAUACAUCCUCUGCCUAUUCAACGAUAUCUGUGUCGGAUGUAUCCACUUCGACAUCAGUAGAAAUGAGUUCUACCCAUUGUCAAACUCCAUCAUCUCUAACAGAUCGAACUCCACGGAAAAUGUCACUUAGGAAAGAGCUCUUCGCAGAAACAAAAAGAAGAAAAGAACUGGAGUCAGUAAUAAGUUGUAAUCCUGAACUAGCUGAAGAUUAUUCCAUCAUGACCUGUCUGAAAGUCUGUGAAAAAUACUGCUCACCAACUAUAUGUCUAUUGGUGAAAUCACAAAUUGAAAAUAAAAAUCGAAAACCAAAAGAAUAUAGGUAUUCAAAUGAAAUCAAACAAUUAGCUCUUAAUAUAUAAAAUAUUAAAAUAGGAAAUUGUCUAUUUCAACUCAUCUAUAAAUUAUUUAUUUAUGUAUAUGAUAUUUGUAAAUUAUUGUAAUAUAUGUUUUAAAUA